AUUUGGGAUCUUGCAUCCGGUACUUUAAGACUUACUUUAACUGGUCAUAUUUCUACCGUUCGCGGGUUAGCUGUCUCUCCACGUCACCCGUAUUUGUUUUCAUGUGGCGAAGAUAAAAUGGUGAAAUGUUGGGAUCUUGAACAAAAUAAGGUUAUCCGGCAUUAUCAUGGGCACCUAUCUGGUGUGUACUCUUUAAGUCUACAUCCUACUUUGGAUAUUUUGGCGACUGCUGGAAGGGAUGCUACUGCAAGAGUAUGGGACAUGCGUACGAAACAGUGUAUUCACGUUCUCAGUGGCCACAACACUACUGUUGCUGACGUAAAAUGUCAAGAAGCUGAUCCUCAAGUUCUUACUGGCUCAAUGGAUUCAACAAUUCGUCUUUGGGAUCUUGCGGCUGGUAAGACAUUGACGACGCUCACACAUCACAAAAAGUCCGUUAGGGCAUUGGCAAUACAUCCUACCGAAUUUACCUUCGCCAGUGGUAGUGCGGAUAACAUUAAACAAUGGAAAUGUCCCGAAGGUACAUUUAUGCAAAAUUUCGAAGGCCAUCGUGCAAUUAUAAAUGCAUUGGCAGUCAAUGCUGACAAUGUUUUAUUUUCUGGUGCUGAUAAUGGUUCGAUGGCAUUUUGGGAUUGGAGAUCUGGAUAUAAGUACCAAUCUAUGGAAACAACUGUACAACCUGGUUCUUUAGAGUCUGAAGCCGGAAUAUUUGCCUGUACAUUUGAUCGUACAGGAUUGAGAUUAAUAACGUGUGAAGCAGACAAAACUAUUAAAAUUUGGAAAGAAGAUCCAAACGCA